AUGCCGUGGACCAUUUGGCCUUCGCUGGUGGUGCUUUGGGGUGUUUGUUGGAUGUUUCAUACCCCUUUUCGCCAGCAAGACUUCGAUGUGUAUUUGAAUGAAGACAGCUUCUCACCUUUUUCUCCAAAUUUUGCAUUCGAUCCCACUUUUGCGUCCUUACCACCUGGGUCGGAUUACUUCUCAAACAACAUCGACUUCGGAGAUGGACUUCAUGAAGCGAUCCAUCCAUAUCCAGUCGUUAGCAAUGCCAUCCCAACGUCUCUGGCCGAGAUUCCAGCUCCAGCUGCGUCUGGAUCAGCAAUGGGGGCCUACCUUCAAGCCGACUCUUCUUCUUUUGGGGUGAUGCCUAAUUACUCUUAUCCUGCUGCGGAAAGUAUUUAUUCGAUGUCGGAAGUCGCUUCAGGCAUUCCGGAUCACCAGUCUCAUUCGAGCAUCACCCCAGUGCCGAAUACAUCCCUGCGUUUCGCACCUUCUGCAGCACCAUCGGCAAGCUCGAUGCCGCCCAAUCCCGUUGCUCUCCUCCCACGACAAGCGUCAGCAACACCAUAUCAAGCACCCCAAGCUCCUCCAAAGGAUUCCGAAGGUAGAUUCGUUUGCACAUACCCUGGAUGUGAUGAUAACCAAUCAUUCAAAUGGCUGUCAGGCUGGCAAACGCACAUGGACAAACACACUCGGCCAUAUCAAUGUUCUGUCCCUGGUUGCAAAGGCAACUCUGGUUUCGCAACGAAAGGUGUUCUUGAUAGGCAUACCCGGGGAGAAUUCUUCGAUGUCCCGGAAAUCUUCGAAGCAGCAUCAGCUUCUACAAGAAAAAAGGUUACCACUUUGGAAAUCAGAAAGCGGAAACGUACACCCUUGACCUGUCGACCUGCUCAGGAUGCAGUGGAAGGGGAAGCAUCUGGGUCUGAGAACACGACAAAGAAGGCCAGAGGAUCUGCAGAUAGUGCUCAACCAGGCCACACUGUGGAAGAGCUAGCGAGAGAGAACCAGAAAUUACAACAGGAGAUAGACAAGAAAGAUGAGGAUUUGAAAAAGUGUUUACAAGAGCGAGGGAAGGAACGAGAGACGAUGUUGAGGAUCAUUGAUCAACUUACGAAGGGGACUAAGUGA